AUCACCUUUUUCCUGUGAUAAGUAACUCUUAUAAUCCGAGCACUAACAGAUGUUAGAAAAUUCAGGCUGGUAAAUAGCCCUCGUAAAAUGCAAGAUGGAUCUUUAUUAUUGCUAUUACAUGUUUUAAACACUGUAAAUCUAGGAGCUUAGAAUGAAUAAAGGGAGUGGCCUCUGGGAAAUCCAGCAGCUCUGAGAAUGUGGAAAUUAAACAUAAACCCCCAAAGGUUCUUCAGACCAUCUAAAGGCAAUCUGACAUCAUGAAGCACAAGCUGUCUUUGUCCACCCGAAGCCAGAGCUUCCCCACAUCUCUAGGAGACCAGUCAGUGGAAGUAGUUGUGCUCAGAGAGAAAUGAUAUCAACUCAUUGAGCACUGCUGUGAACAAUCUUGGAUUAUACCAUCAGGGAACCCCCAUCCCACAGUGCUUCUCACCAGCAGGAGGUAUAAAAAUACAAGAGAAGGAUCUAGGGCAUUUAAAAAGUUCCCAGAUGAGGACCUUGGAAAAGUUUGAUUUCAAGUGGUUUCAGUGGCUCAAGGUUUCCCUACUUGGUGAAGGAUCUGAGAGAAAAUAAAUCUCCAAUAGAAAUGAAACAACUGAAAGAAACUCAGUAAUGAAAAGAAAAGUGAUUCUGAAAGCCUUAAGAAUUUUGAUCAAUGAACCAUAACUCCAAAAGACUGAUUAUAAAGCAGAUUGAGAGGAAAUCCUUUAGUAGCCAAAUGGGGAGAAGAUACAGAAUAUUUCCCAAAGAAUUGGUCCAGUUCCCUCAAAAUAGCUUCUGUCACCAGGCCUCAUCAGUGCUGUUACCAUGUCCCCCACACCGGAUUUCACCAUUCUGGGAAAAAGAAUACCAGUCAAGGGCUGACCUUGUGUCCCUCCUCAAUCAAACCUCUAGUACCCCUAACCCACCACAACGUCAUUGCCAUAAGAACAUACAAGAGCCUCCUCCAUGGUUCAAACAUUCAGCUAUCACUUCCAAGAUGCCCCAACUUAAUAGAGCAAUGGUGGUGCCAUUGCCCCAUCUUCAUCAUCUGGCUAAACCAUCCCCUCCUCACAAGCAACGUACAGUGGUUCCAGUCUUGCCUUUACCUAGGACUGAUAUCACAACCAAAAAAACUCCUGGGGCUUUGACUCCUCUUGGUCCCAAACACCAACGUGAUUCUCCUUCAGAUCCUAACCACCGGUUAGAGAAUCCUUCAGGCUCUGACCACCUUCCCAAGAUUUUUCCAGCCUGCGAUCAUUCAGAUAUUGAGGAUCUAACACUUCUCAACCAAAAGAACCCAAUCCCACCAUUCUCUAAGCAUCAGACUGAGGUUCCAUUAUGUGAAGGCCACAGGCCCAGGGCUGCUACAAUAGCCAGAAUAUUUUCUGACACCCAGGCCAAGACCAAUGGGCCUUUCACAAGAACCCCCAUUCAGGAAGCCAGAGUUUUGCCAAGACCUAGGCGCCAGAUCAAGGCUACCAAUGCACUGUUAGGACUUUUCAGCUUGGACCCUGUACUCCAUCCACUUGCAAAAUCAUUACCUUUUACCCUCUGGACCAGGACCCCACAUUUCAGAACAUCAGUUCUAAACUACUGGGUCCAGGCCCAACCUCUGAAGGCAUCACAUUGUGAUCUCCAGCCCAGAGAAGCAGUGCCCUUUUUACAAUGCCUUGACCACCAUCCUAGACCCCUAGCUGUACCUACAGCACAUCUGAAUCAGAGAAACAGGGCUACAGCUGUAUGCAGAUACAAUCCUUGCCUGCUACGUGCACCAGGCCCUAUUGCUCAUGUCUCAGUUCAAGCAGAGCAAGACAAUUGGGAGGCUAUGCUGCUGAGAAAGUACCUCCUGGAUACAUGCCCUUCCAGUCCUGAUAUAGAGCCUUCAGCUACGCCACCAGAGCCUUCCACUCCAGUUAAAAAUGACAAAGAUUCCUGGGAAACAAUAUCCCAAGGAACAGACAUCCAGAACACACCUCCAUCCAGUUCUGACCUGGAAAUGGACACAACCCCAGAGCCCGCUGUCCAUAUGUCCAUCAAAACAGGUCCAGAUACCUGGGACGCAACAUCCCCAAGAACAGACUUACAGGAAACACUUCCAUCCAGUACUGACACAGAAACUGACACAGCUCCAGAGCCCAUUGUCCAUAUGUCCAUCCAAACAGGGCCAGACACCUGGGACACAACAUCCCCAAGAACAGACUUACAGGAAACACUUCCCUCCAGUACUGACACAGAAACUGACACGGCCCCAGAGCCUACUGUCCAUGUGUCCAUUCAAACAGAGCCAGACACCUGGGACACAACAACCCCAGAGACAGAUCAGGAGGAGAUCCCUCUAACAGACCAGGAUGAUGAGAUAACUGUACUGGGCUCAAGGCCUCAGAAUGUAACUCUAUGUGGCCCUCGCCAGUGGACCACACCUCCACUCAGCCCUGACCCCUGGGCUGAGCAUGUGCCAGACUCCAAUGCCCUGAUCACACUUCAUCCAGAACUAGAACAAUGGGAAACAAUGCCACAGGAAACAGAUCACCUGGCUACACUUCCAUCCAGCCCCGAUCUGGACACUAAGACUAUAUCGGAACCCUUUGUCCAUGAAUCAGUUCCAGUAAAACAAAAGUACUGGGAAACAAUACUGACAAUUCUACCGGGAAUAUUUGAUCACCAGGAAAUAAUAAUAGAUGAAGCUUAUGAGACAGCACCACCACUGGACUUGGAUGGCCAGGAGAAUAUACUUUUUAGCCCUGAGGAAACAACAACGCCUCUGCCCAGCCCUUCCCACCAGACCGAGGAUAUAUCAAAUCCCGAUGUCCAGGCUACACUUCAACAAAAAUUAGAACAAUGGGCAACAUUGUCAGAGGAAACAAAUCGCCAAGAUACAUUAAUACUUAGCACAGAGUCAGAGACUGAGAAUACUCCAGUGCUCAUUGAUCCUAUCUCAGAUGUAAUAGAGCAAGAAAAAGUUGAAAUCAUAGACAUAAUGCCAGUGAGAAUAGAGCGCAAGGAACCAAACCAAACAGUCGAAGAUCCCUGGAGCAACAGAGGGGCAACAACUCUUUCCUUGGGCCAUGAUGAUGAAGAAAAUGAUCUACAUGGGCCAGACCACCAGACCAUACCACCCCUCAGCCCGGACCAGAAGCGAGAGACUGAGGAUACAGCACACGACCUUGCCCAAGAUUUAGUUACAAGCCAAGAAUCUGGGGAAAUGACACCACCCAGAACAGACCUAAAGACCACAAUUCUAACAGGUCAGGAUGAUGAGGAAACGACUUCAGUGGACUUGGACCCUGAAGACCCAGCUCAACUUGUCCACGAAUCCCAGAUCACACCUCCACUGGCUGAGGAUAUACCAGAUCUAAGUGCCCAGAUGUCACUUCAGCCAGAACCUGUCCCCUCUGACACAAUGUCACCAGGAACUGAGCUUCAAGACAACAUUCAAGGAGACCAGGAUCAAAGGGUAACACCACCAUCAAGCUUAGACCAUGAGGAAAUGACUCUAUCCAGCCCUGACCACUGUACAACCCAUCCAUCCAGUCCUGACAGACAGUCAGAAGCUGCUGAAGAUCUCAGUACCCAGGCUGUAUCUCCAACAGAUAGAGAACACUCAGCAAAAUUGUCUGAGGGUCAAGAGCAGGUCAAAAAUCCACCUAGUCCUAACCUCUCAGUCCAUCUUCCAUCCACCUUGGAAAAUGAGGCUGAAACUGGAACAGAGCCCACCAAGCCACCAAGCACGCCACCAGACAAUUUGGAUGAUGAGGAAACGGUCCCUCCGAGCCCUGACAAGACCAUAUCACCAUCAAGUUCCAACCACCAGACUGAGUCUCCUACAGGUCAUGACCACCAGCCUGAGACUGAGCUGAGCUCCGACCACCAAGACGAGGUUGAAUCUGGGCUCCCAUAUCAGCUCCAUACAUUGCAAAAUAGACAGAGGGAAUUGCAUUUAAAUUACAUCAAACCAUACACCGUCGAGGCGGGGACUGUCUCUGACAGAACUGUUCAUGCCAUCAUCAAUUCCAUCCCUCAGGAGAAAAUAAAAAAUGACAUCUGUAAGCAGAUUCUCCUGCCUCUGAGUCUUCAUAGAUACAGCCCAUGCGAUUAUAUAGUCUGUUUAAUUUGUGCCUCCUGGAUCCCAGCUGGUUGCCCACAUGAGGGGAUGAAAUAUCCAUGUGAAGCUCAUUUGCAAGCCAUUCCAAUACCUAUGCCCACGUCUGAGGUGGAGAUUGAUGUGAAAUUUGUCCUCAAAUGCCCCCAAGCAACAGUCUCCUCCCUUUUCAGCACCUCAAACACCCAUAGCCAUUUGAAAAAGUCAUCAGAAGGUGCAGAAUCAUCUCACUCAGACUCAGUAAUCCCUGUUCCUUCAAGACCAAAGUGGUUUCACUUCAUACUAGGCAAGUCUCUCCCACAAGGGAAGAAAGACAUCACGAGAAACCCAGAGCUAUCCAUAGACAAAACCUUUGAGGAGGGAAGCAACAGCAAAGAAGGGGAGAAGGCCAAGGUACAUCGGACAUCUUUCAGAUCUCUCCUGGAGAGAUUUCAGUGGAGGCGAAAGGAAACUAAAUGACUAUCUUUAUUUUGAAAGAA